AUGGAAGAGAGGAGGUGUAGUGGAGAUGAGUCUUCUAUUAGACAGUGUGGCAGAAGAAGAGUAAGAACUGGUAUCUGUGAUGGUGGAUAUUAUCGUCAUGUGACCUGUUCAGAGUCUGUGCGGCUUGUGGAUGGAGCUGGUCUCUGCUCUGGGAGAGUGGAGGUGAAGUCCAAUCAGUCCUGGGCCUCAGUGUGUGAAGCUGACUUUGACCGGCAGGAUGCAGAGGUAGUCUGUAGGGAGCUUGGCUGUGGGGCUCCUGCAGCUCUACAGGGGGGGCUCUAUGGAGGAGGUGGGGGUCAGACCUGGGAUAAAGAGUUCCAGUGUAAAGGCAAAGAGUCCCUUCUCCUGGACUGUGACACCUCAGACAGAGAGAACAACACCUGCCUACCUGGUAAUGCUGUUGGACUCACCUGCUCAGAGCCUGAUGAUGUGAGGCUGGUGGGAGGAGGCAGUCGCUGUGCUGGUGGAGUGGAGUGGUACUACCAGGGAGAGUGGAGGACUGUGGGAGCUGAGGACUGGGAGCAGGAGGAUGUAGCUGCAGUAGUGUGUAGACAGCUGGGUUGUGGCUCCACUGUUUCAGCACUACGUGGAGACACCACUAGAGGGUUUGGAGUUUCCUGUCCUGGGUCUGAGUCUUCACUGAGGGAGUGUAGAAGAACGUAUGAUCUCCUUCCUGGACUCACAGUGAUCUGCUCAGAUCUCCUGGUCCAGCCUGAUAUCUUCCUGACUGACCCAAUGGGAAGGGUCUUCAGGGGCCACCAGGGGCCUGAGAUGUUCAGGGGCUACAACUUCACCAUCACCUGCUCCACUCAGCCACAGUACCCAGGAGGCUCCUUCCUCCUCACGUUCACCGGCUCCAACAGAACCCAGACCCAGCCAGCUGUCAAUCACUCUGCUGCCUUCCUCUUCCCUGCUGCAGAUGACUCCCACCAAGGGAACUACAGCUGUGUUUAUGACAAUUAUGUUUUCUCUCAUAACUUCUCCUCUGAGAGUGAGCUCCUCCCCCUCGCCAUCACAGCCUCUCCUCUGCCAGCCUUCAUUAUCAGACACGUUGUAGUGCUGCUGAUCCUACUGACAUCCAUCACCACCUCCUACCUGUACUACAAGCCCACCAGGAGGCAGAAGAGAGUGAACAGGGUGAGCAGCAUGGAUCUUUAUGUCAAUGCCAUGGAGAUGGUCUCUCUGAGCUCCAGAGCUGAAGCUGGACCGGGAGAGGAGAGAGCAGCCCAGGGGACGGAGUAGGAGGAGAAGGAAUCUGACCCUACAUGCUGAUCUUAGGUCAGUUUUGUGUUUUAAAUCGAUGGUCAGCAGUGGACUGGUGUUUAAAAUGUGGUGACAAACCUGAAGUGAUUCUAAUUUUAAUAACAAGUUCAGAAUUAGUUUAUCUUUCUAGAACCUUGGAAGAAAUCUAAAAGGAGUGACUGCAACCACCAUUAUUCAUUUAGUUUGGUUUUUACCACCAGAGUAACAUGGGUGUUUGGGUAACAUGGGGUUUUGGGUAACAUGGGGUUCUGGGUAAAAUGGGGUUUUGGGUAACAUGGGGUUCUGGGUAACAUGGGGUUUUGGGUAAC